AUGGAGGAAAUGCGGGAUGGCAUCAAUUAUGCCUGGAAAGGGGCAAUGCGUGGAGCAAAGCGGGGACUGAAGCUUACAAGGAAUGUUUUGCGCAGCAUCCCUGUUGACAAGCUGCGCGUGCCACGCAAGAGCAGUGUGGCGAGUCGUUCCAGUGCGCUGCGGCGCCUUUUUCAGCUGCGGUACGGUGCGCAGAUUGACAACGAGCGCGGUGAGCGUGUCGCGGCGGCAGAAGCGAGCGAGGUUGAGUCGGAGGAGGAGGAGCCCCUCACCGACCAGCAGCUGCAUGAGUACGUUGACAAGAAGUACUUUGAUAAGUCCUACGAAGCGAUGAAAGAUGAAAUCUCACACAUGGAGGUCGUCGACGGCAGUGGCCACGGUGGUGAUGACACGCAGCAGCAGCAGCAGCGGCAGCGACAGGCAACAGAGGCAUCAAUACGUGAACUGCGGCUAAAGUGCGAUAUUGUGAGCGCCACGCUGAAGAAGCGUGUGCUUGCGAACAGCAAGGAGUUUGUCAGUGGCGUGGAGGAGAUACGACUCAUCAACGACCGGCUCUUGGAGACAUCUAGCGACUGCAAGAAGGGCCGCAACAUCAUCCGCAAGGCAAAAAAUGCGGCGGCGGAGCAAAUGAAGAUACUUGCCUAUCACCGUAAACGCGGCAACUGUAAGACGACCCUGGCACUACUCGAGGGGAUGCGACAAAUCUGUUUGAAGCGCAAUGAGCUCAUGACGCUUAUCGAGAGUGGAAAACUUAUAGAGGCUGCGGAACUGCUUCAGCAGCACGCCGACAUUGAGCAUGAGGAUCGCAUUAAGAAGCUGCACUGCAUGACCCGCAUCAUUGAUGACUGGAAGGAGUAUCGUGAUAACAAAGAGGCACUGAAGCGAUGCCAAGACGAAUCACUAACGGAAUGUCUGACAGCAAAAUUUAUUCCCUCGAAGUAUAUCAACGCCUUCGAGGCCUCACUGGCGUUGGGAACCUCCGAGCGUGUCUCGGGCCUCGUCAUCCAGACGUUAUGGCAGUCUGCCGUGUACAUUCUCACCAAGUCCCUAAUAGAAGUCUCUGACAUCAAGAAGGAGGACGCCUCUAUUGCUGAUAUUGCUGCAGCGAUCCAUCCAGAUCAUUUGAUGCUAUGUCUGUGUCAAAUGUCCGCCAAAAUGAUGGACUUUCUGUUUUUGUUUGUCACUGUGCGCAAAAUGCAUAGCGAUUCUAGUCACGCCGAUCACCCUUCCGCCACACUGCACGCCGAUGUUUUGCGGGAGAUCACAAACGUCAGUCAUAAACUUGGACAGGACUUGGUGGAAAAAAUUUCCCUUGUUCUGGACAAGAUUCAACUAGACUCGGUGGAUGUGGAGCGGGUGCUGCACGUAUUUUUUGUGGUCAGCAUGCUAAUCGAGGCGAUUUCUGUGCUAGGCCUCGAGAAGCCUGCACAAGCCGCCGCUCGGGCGCGCGUGAAAACGGCUUUAGUGCGGUACAUGACACAACAAUUUCAGGAAGUGAGGGCAUGUCAGAUUUUGCGUUUCAUGGCGGAGGAUGCCUGGGUUGUUGGCGAGGUGAGCGCGUUGGAGCUGCAGGUUGCGAGGCCGCCACACCCCGAGACCUACCGGCGUGCGGUAAGAGAGGUAAAGGGGUAUCUUACGGAGGCCUCUAUUGAAACCCCCUGCAGUCACGAGAAUCCAUUUUACGCUGCACACCUGCUGACACUUCAGGACACCUCGCGUAUGGUGCAGACGGAGUCUCUUCGCGAGGAAAUGGCUCGCCACGGGGUAGGGGGAAUACCUUCCGUGUUAACAGCCUCAGCCGUAGCUGUUGCCAACACCUUAUUGGAGUAUGUGGCGAGGAUUGUGGCACGGUUUGCUCCGCUAGCGGCGGAGACACUUGGCUGGGCUGAGGAUCUUGUUAGCUUAUAUGUUUACACGGUUGCCGAUAACUUUGUUUCCAUCUCUCGUGCGGUGCGUCUAGAGAACCAGGGAGACUUCAGCAAGUUGACGCAGGCAACACUUAUUGAAAUGCGUGCGGGGGCAGAGAGAUCGGUGCGGCAGUAUACAUCUGCUGCAGUGGCUGCCACUGCUCCAUCUACGUUUACGGUGGAGGAUGAACCGCAGGGAGAUUUUCCUCCACGUGUCUGGAGCCGCAUUCGGAGCAUUAUCGCAAGCGAUGCGCAUCAAUACGCCCUGGUCAACCGGGCGGUGGCGGGGCAGUCGUGUGUGACGCUCGUUUAUGUCCUGGAGGCGACAACGCAGUCCGUCGCUCCACUGCUUUCGCGAGCGACGGUGGAGCAGCAGCUUCGACGCUGCAGUGAUAUGAAGGCUGCCAGUGAAGAACUGCUGCAUGUGGGUCUGCACCGCUUGUGCCAGGCCAUUUUCCCCAUGGAAAGCGUUACUCAUAGCAUCAGCAAAUUGCGCACGAAAGAAAAGAGGCUGCAGGCAAGUGCGUAUGUGAGUGUGCUUGUGGAGGACAUAGGAUCACUCAACGCGAAACGUCAAGCUAUGCCGACGCCGGAGAUGGAGCAGCUUUUUAUGAAGCGUUUUGUUUUUGCCGUCCAGACAACGUUGCUGCGAGAAUACGCCAAGUUGGCCAAGAAGAAGCUUUCCGAUGUCUUCAUUAUGCAACUUUUAGUGGACGCACAAAGUUUUCAGCAGCAGGUAGUGGCAAAGUUUGGCAAAGCGGUGCUUGUCCUUCCGGAUUUUGUUCCAAGCUUUGUGAAGGCUGGAUUUAUUGAAGAUAGGGAGGAGCGUUUGGAGUGGGUACGAAUGCAUCACACGGUUUACUGCGCUGCAGACAUGGUCCAAUGGUUUUCUACGGGUGAUCGCACCAUGAAACUGCGGAUGGAAGACCUCUUGGAGCAGGUUGGACACCGAGAUGUGAUUCCUGUGUUGCCAUUUCGCUAG